AUGGAUCCUGUACAGGCGGCUGUGGUCGAGAUACUCGGAAUGGCAGACUUGUACAGGAGGAUUCAAGACACUUGCUGGACAAAGUGUAUUCCCAACGUGAAGGAGUCGACGUUGGACGCAGGGGAAAGCAGCUGUCUAGAUCGAUGCGUCAACAAGUAUACCGACGUUCAUGCUAUCGUCGGCAAGGAGCUUCAAGCAAACGCGCAAGAAAGUUCCGGAUGA